ACAACAAAGCCUCUCAUCAGUGACCAGUCUUCAGUUCUUCACGGAUCAGUGACAACCGACUUGUUUGCACCAUGGUUGUCGGCAAAGUCACAGAUGAGUGCCCGGUGGCCGUGUCGGUUGAGCUGCUGUGGAAGGUGGUCUUCACUGGCGAUGUGUCCAUCUUCACCAAGGCCUGCGUCGGCUUGGUCGACGCCGUCGAGGUCGACGGCGACGGCGGGCCCGGGAGCGUCACCACCAUGAAGCUCAACCCAGCCGUGGGGGACGCGAAGGUGUUCAAGACCCGGCUCCUGUCACGCGACGCGGCGGCGCGCGUGGUGAAGUCGGAGCUGGUGGUGGAGGGCGGCGAGCUGGCCGGGCAGAUGAAGUCGCAGGUGUCCGAGGUGAAGGUGGUGCCGGCCGGCGAGGCCGCCUGCGUGGUGCACAUGACGGUGGAGUACGAGCGGGUGGACGGCGCGCCGCUGCCGCCGGCGGACGAGGCCAUGAUCGUGCAGGGCUACCUCAGCCUCAUCAAGAAGGUGGAGGAGUACCUCGUCGCUCACCCCGGCAAGUUCGCCUGAAAUGCCGCGAGGAUCUCUCCUCGUGGCGAUCGGGCCGGAGAAAUCCGUGUUAUCGUUGUGAUCUGCCAUGGGUGUGUUCUUUUAUUUUGGAAUAAUGGGAGGACGUGAUCCUCUGCUUGGUCGGUUGAUUGUGCUUGUGGGGGAAACAACAGUUUCAGUUUUUGUGAGAACAGUUUAUGUUCUACUGUUUUGUGUGUGUUCAGUGCUCAUAAAGGGCAAUUUUUUUUAAGGAUAAAGGCACAUCAUGCAUAUGGUGUGGUUUGCAGUU